AUGCCUCUCGAUGGCCAUGCGUACUUGGUCGCCCAAGGCUGGGCAGGAAAGGGCUCCGGCCUCCGCGAGGGCGCAAUAAGUAGACCUCUCGCUAUCGCACAGAAGAAAACACUCUCCGGCCUUGGUAAAGAUCGUGAUGAGGCCUUUCCGUUCUGGGACCAGUUGAGCAGAUACAUCUUCAUCCCGAAAGGUGUAUAUUGUACUGAUUUGCUCGUUGGUGACAGUCUAUUCUCCGCCGCAUCGACUUCCAUCAAAAUUAAAAUCGCAGAUAGUGAUGACGAGAGUGACGAUAUAAUCGUUGCGAAAGAAACGACCGUCUUCAAGCGCACGGGCACUGGAAUUCUGUGCAAUCGGCGGCCCCUGCUCGGUACACCCGCGACAUCCUCCGGCUCAACCACCCCCUCAAUCAGCGCCGAAUCGUCUGCGGCGUCGAAUGCCUCUUUGUUGACGCUUGCGAAAAGGGAGGCGGCGAAGAAAGGGCUGUAUUCGCGGUUCUUCCGGGGUCCGGUUCUUGGGCCUGAAGACGGUCUUGUUUCAGAAGAUAAAGAAGAGGAAGAUACGAAGGAGGGCUGCGGCAGCGGUGAAAUCACGCCGGAGCCGGAAACUGAGGGUGCUGGUGGCGAGCGGAAACGGAAACGGCGGAAGGGCCCUGAGCGAGAAGGAGACGAGGGAGAUGAAGGUGGUGCUGGGGAAGGGACUGAACAGGGAACAUCUUCGUGCAGCGCGGGGGUCGUAGGCGAUGUCGGGGAGCGAGAGAAGUCAGAGCGGAAACGGGCGAAACUAGAGAGGAAGAGGGCGCGAGAGGCAAGAAGACAGGCGAAGGAGGAGCGACGGAAGGCUAGAGAGUUAAGGAAGCAGGAGGAAGAGAUGCAAGUUGAGGAGACGAGAGCGGCGAAGGUGUUACGAAAAGGGAAGAGGAAGGAAUCAACCCAGCAACAUGUAGUAGUAUCUCAUGGCGCAGACGGUCCUCAGGAAACAGGACGAGAGCAGAAGACCAAAAAACGCAAGAAGAAGAGAGAUGCGGGCGACGAUUUAGAGGAUAUCAAGGGUGCUGAUGGGGUGACCAAGCCGCUAGUGUCCCCUUCGCUCGUGGAGCACGACUCUUCUGCCUCCAAACCCAAAAAGAAGCGCAAACGAGACAGCGACCAAUAA